UGCGCCAAUGGUGCCAAUGGCAACUUCUCCCAGACCCACGAGUCUUGUCUAACAGCGGCUUGCGACCAACCACUAUAGCGCCUUCCUUGCCGGCGGCCUUGCCGCGUGUGGUGCCGUGACGGCAACGCAUCCGUUCGAGACGGUCAAGAUCCGCAUGCAGCUGCAGGGAGAGCUUCAGUCCAAAGGUCACCAGCCACACCACUACCGCGGGCCCGUCCAUGGCGUGUCGGUCAUUGUGCGGCACGAGGGCCUGCGCGGCAUCUACCGCGGUCUAGGCUGCGCCUACAUCUACCAGGUGCUGCUCAACGGCUGCCGCCUGGGUUUCUACGAGCCCAUGCGCAACACCCUAACCGGGCUCAUCUUCCGCGACCCCAAGACGCAGAGCCUAGGCAUCAACAUGUUCUGCGGCGCCGCCUCGGGCAUCCUCGGAGCCGCCGCCGGGAGUCCCUUCUUCCUCGCCAAGACGCGCCUGCAGAGCUUCUCGCCCUUCCGGCCUGUCGGCACACAGCACCAGUAUCGCAACGCCUGGGAUGGUCUCAGCCAAAUUUUCAAGUCGGAGGGCGUGCGCGGCCUGUACCGCGGCGUCGGCGCCGCCAUGAUCCGGACCGGCUUCGGGAGUUCGGUGCAGCUGCCUACCUACUUCUUUGCCAAGCGCCGGCUCGUCAAGCAUCUGGGCAUGGAGGAAGGGCCUGCUCUCCACCUCGCUAGCAGCACGGCCAGCGGUUUCGUAGUGUGUGUUGUCAUGCACCCGCCGGACACCAUCAUGUCUCGGAUGUACAACCAGAACGGCAACCUGUACAAGGGCGUGUUCGACUGCCUGGCCAAGACAGUGAGGACAGAAGGCUUCCUGGCCAUCUACAAGGGCUUCCUUCCCCACCUGGCCCGGAUAUUGCCGCACACCAUCCUGACGCUGAGUCUGGCCGAGCAGACGAACAAGCUGAUCAGGAAGCUAGAGAACCGCAUAAUACCAGCCUCGUCCUUGUAGAAUAAAUGGUCUGCAUGUUUGGCGCGUGUCCCUGUAGAUCAUACAUCUAUAUGUUUGGCGUUUUUGAUAGGGAAAGCGAGUGUGUCAGGAUACGUACUUGGGUGCUUACUUAUUCCAUGUCCAGGCGUGAAAAAAGCAUAAGAAAGCUCGGGUUGGCUCGUGGGUAGCCUUUGAAAAGCCUUUUUUUUUUAAUUCUAAAUUUCGUUUGUUGUUGUCGCGUACAUAUACCAAAAGGCUCACAAGAUGCCUGUCGUAGAUGUAUAUAUAUAACUAUAAAAUAGGGGGGGCUUGGCACCGAGAGGUUCAAUUUCAAAUGAAAGCUCUGGCAUAAAUUCACAUAACCUCAACCUCUCCC